AUGCGAAAGGUUAUCUUGAUAGAUGGCCGCGUGAUCGUGGGCGACUUCCAGUGCCUCGACAAACAGGGCAACCUCAUCCUCGGCAACGCCUGCGAGAUCAUCAGCCACGCAGGCGCCAGCGGCGCGACCUCCACCAGCGGCAACGGCGGCGGCGCCACGCCCAACGGCACCGCGGCGGCGCAGAAAGGCGGCGGCGGGAACGGCGCAGCGGCGGCAGGGGCGGCAGCGCCGAUGGAGAAGAGUCUUGGGACAGUGCUUGUGCCCAAAGAGCAGCAGAAGGACGUGCAGCUGCAGGUGACGCUGUCUGAAAAGGCGGCCAUGUUGCAGCUGGCGGGCAGCUGA